CAGUCGGUCUGCGAACCGCCAUCAAACCAACGAACAACAACAACAACAAGUUGUGCGGCGCGUUUCAUGUGUCUAUGAUAAAGAAGCACACUUUAAAGUGUUUCCAGGUCCGUGUGCACUUUAACUGCACUAAAGAAAUAUAGCAUACAGGGGAAUAAUCGCGCAGAUUCUCAUCGUCCUUCACGUGAAGAAGAUUAGUUUUCAGACGAAUCUUCGGAGAUCUGUCUGACUCUGUACAUACUUUCAGACAUACUGUUAUAAUGAUGGAGUUGAUUAAAGAGGAGAGUGAAGACACGAGUUAUUCAGAGCCAUGCAGAGUGAAAGAUGAAGAUACCGAGGAGCUGAGAGAUUUGAUGAAGGUGAAAGAAGAAAACGAAAAACUGAAUGACUUUGACGAGAAGCACCAUGACUAUCAGAAUUCCUCUGAUUUCAGUUCUGAAGAAAAACCUUUUAGUUGCUCACAAAGCGAUGAGCAUUUGAACCAAGAGCCUUCAUUCACCUUUCCUGAAUGUGGAAGGAGUUUCACACAAAAACAACAUCUGACCAGACACAUGAGAGCUCCCACUGCAGAGAAGCCGUUCACAUGUGUGGAGUGUGGAAAGAGUUUCACACACAACGAAAGGCUAAAUACGCACAUGAGAAUCCACACCGGAGAGAAGCCGUUCACUGUCCUCAGUGCGGAAAGAGAUUCACGCAGAAAUCCAACCUGAACACUCAUAUGAAGAUUCAACUGGAGAAAAACCCUUCGCAUGUCAUCACUGUGGAAAGACCUUCACAUGUAAAGGAAACCUUAAUACGCAUGUGCGAAUUCACACCAGAGAGAAGCGGUUCACAUGCCCUCAAUGUGGACUGAGUUUCACCAAGGAAAAAGUCCUUAAGAAUCACAUACGAAUUCACACUGGAGAGAAACCCUUCACGUGUCUUCAGUGCGGAAAGAGCUUCACUCGGUCAGGAUCCCUGAAAACACACGAGCGACUGCACAUCGCAGCGAAGCCGUAUCACUGCGCUUCAUGUAGGAGGAGACUCAGUUUGGUUUUAUUUGGAUAUAGGAACAUUUACAUGUUAAGAUCUUUAUUUGAAUUUGACAACAUUUUCUUCAAUGUUUCUGUGAUUAAAUGACUGACAGCCAAUCAUAGUAAGCUUGAUGUUAUCAUCCAUAGCCACGAGUGCAACACCGUCCUUUCACUUAGCUUAAGAUUUCUCCCCAUUCCUUAGAAAAACUGCUCUCAGCGGUUGGGCUGCUCGAUUAUGGCAAAAAUCAUAAUCACGAUUACUUCGGUCAGUAUUGUAUUUAAGUAUUGUAUUAAACGUUUAUUUAACCCGAUUAAAAUAUAUGAGCUUUA